AUGUUGGUGCUAUCUAACGACACAGCACUGAAUUCACUCCUCUCCAAGCUGCUUCAAGACUACCUGGAACGGACAAACAGCUCUGCACCUUCGGAGGUCCAAAGUGGCGGCAACCACCUGGAAAUCGUUUAUGUGCUGCUGAUGAUCGGCUUGUUUGGCAUCUUCACAUUGGCAGCCACGCUGACCAACAUCCGCUUCAGGAAGCUGGAGGACCCCCGUGAACCCUACAACAUGUACAUUGACUCAGACGUCUGGCCCAAGAAGGACAUGGCAUGUUUUCAGGCCAAGCUUGUAGAAAACUACAAGUUGUGCUCCGUCUUUGAAAACCCACUGGCUGUUGAGCAGCCAAACACACAGAUCCCUGAGGUGAAAUCCUCCUAG